AUGAGAUUUUUAUAUUGCGAUGCAAAUGUAACUCCUGAGAUGAAAGAAAAAAUAUCAAAAUUAUUAAUUGAGAACCUAGAGAAAUUAAACCACUAAAAUCCAGCUCUCUUUUUAUAAUAACUGCUGAAUAAAAAUUUUGAAAAAAAAUGGUUUGUUUAUAUGGUAUAUAGUCCUGUGGAAUUAGAAUAUUAGGUUAUUUCAAACACUUCAAUAUCGAUGGAUAUCGAAAUUGAGAAAACUCGAUUUAUUUUGGCAUAGUUUGAGGAAGUCAGCAUAGGUACAUUCUAAAAAGAUAAGUUCAACAAAACAUGUCAACAAAUAGAAAGGUAUAUUCAAUAGCAAUCGCAAGACUUGGCAUCUGAUCUAAAUGAAUCAUUGAAAUCAUUGGAAAAUCAUUUUGGACUUAGCUGUCAUAUGAUACUAGUUAAAUGUAUUGAAUAGGAAACCUAACUACAAUAUAUUGCUCCAAAUCUACAUCAAUACACCUUUAAAAUCCCAAUAAAUGAGUUAGAAUCAAUUCAAGGAGGCAUAUUUUACAUUCCAUUGGGGGCAGAGGUAGAUGAUGGAAUGUAAGGAUAGCACCAUUAGAAUAUGUCAGGAGAGGAGGAAUUCGACAAUAAUCAAAUAAGAGAUGAAAAUUACAUUUAAGAUGAAUAUGAAGAACCCAUGGAUUUGUAAUUUUAAGUAAUGUUGGAGGCCAAAGAGUUCAAACAAUCGACUGAUCAAGUCAAAGUUAGUUUUGAUGAACUUGAAAUCUAGCCAUUGAAAGUACAUUCAUUUUCUAUUCUGUUCUAAAUUAUCAUAUCACCCUUCCCUAAAGAAAUAAAGGAUGACUUAAAUGUAUUGUCGACUGGCAGUUCUUUGAUGUCCAAAAACAUGACCUUUGGUAUCAAUAGAGAUCAACUAUUCUUCUUUAAUUUUCAACUAAUGACAGGGAAAAUGGAGACACUCUAUUCUUAGAUGAAAAUCAAAAGGAAUCUUUUAUAUUAGAUAGCCUUGAUUUAUACUGAAACAGAAACUUACAAAGAAGUGUCAAUGUACAUUAACGGAGCCAUUGAAAAUCAAAUUAAUUUAUCAUAGCAUUUAGAACCUCCAAGGGGAUUCUUUUGGAUUGGAUCCGAAUAGGCUCUAAAACUAUUCAAGGGAACCUUAAGGGAUAUCGUAUUUGUGUCUUAGGCCUUACAUCAAAAACACGUCAAAUCAAUUUAUGCUGAACUAUAGAGUGCAUUAGCCCAUAAAUUCCAAAGAUAAACUAUUGAAAUUGUUGAUGAAAUAUUAUAAUAAUUCAAAGAAGAAAUACCAAUUGAUUAAGAUGAAUCAAAGUUUACUCAAACUUAGAGUAUGUUAAAGCAGUAGUCUAAGACUCUAACCAAAGCAAGUAAUAAGAAAUUGUAGAUACCUCCACAUCUCCAAAGGAGUUAUCAUGUAUUUGAAGAAAUUGAUAAAAAGAAAACUCAAUAGCAGGAGCAACCACAUUAAAAAACAAUUCAAGAAUUUGCAAAUAGAUUAAAAGAAGUGUUUUAGUAGAACGAGAUAAUUUAUCACAAAUGCCAUGAAUUGAGUUUGAUUUUCUAUUGGGUGUUUACUACUGUAUAAUAAUUGGCACCACCAUUAGAGGAAAAUGCAGGUGCCAAACUGCCAUUUGAGUAUAUUCAUUAAGAACUCUGCAAAGAGAGAUUUGAAGUCUAUCCAUAUUAUGCUAUUGAAUUCGAUAGGUUUUGCAAGGUUGUGUAAUAUAGUGGAAUCUAGUUAUCAUAUGAUGAUAUUUAUCAAUUGGCUGAAAUCACUGAUUCUCUAAGGGAAAACAAGAGAUUCGGCCUUUACAUAAUUUAUGAUCGAUUGCUAUUGUCUAUUAGACAGGCUGCAUUGAAUGAGUAAGAAAUAGAAGAAGUCAAGAGUCAAUACAACACAGAUGAAAAAGAAGCUGACUAAGAUCUGAUAAUUUACACAAGAGGCAUCUCAAGAUCGAAAUAAGCAAUGGAACAUAACUUCAGUUUCUUUGAAUAACUUAUAGUGCUGGUAGGAUCUGAGAAUGAAGCAUUCAAGUACAAUAUCAAAUAUCUUUUGGCUUACUUUGUAAACAAUGAUGAAUUUGUGUAGAAAUUAACAGCAGUUUACAUUCACAAAGAAACAGAAUAAGAAGUAGAAAUCGAAGGAAUUGAUCUAUUUUCUUAUGAUCAAGAUAAGAUUUUCCAAAUAGAGACUCAACCAUUUCUGAGGAAACUUAACCCUAAGUACUUCAGAGUUCAUUACAAUGGUGAAAAUAUGGCUAUGAUAUCAUUCAAAACACAUGAAGCUGAAGAGACAUUUAGAAUUGAUAAAACAUUUUCAUACAGAGAAGGAUAGGAUGCAAACUGGUUGGCUGGAUUCAGAGGUAGAAUAGUCAAGAAAGAUGAGUAUUCUCAAAUCAUCAUGUUAGCUGCAGAAUAUUUAUAAAAAGAUCCAGAAGUAGAACAACAAAAAAGAAAUCAACCAGAAACAUUACCAUAAUUAGCAGAAAAUUGGAAUCAAGGGAAGUUCUAGAUCAUCAUCAAUAGAUGUUCUGAUUGCGAUAAGCAUAAGACAACCACUUGGCAUAAUGAGGCUGAUUUCGCCAAUAAAUUUAAUGAAAUUGGAUAAAUAUUAAAAGAUUUGUUCCCUAAUAUAGAAGUAAUAGGAAAUUGGGAUAAAACAUAACAAUUAGAGCAUUUUGAUGUUUAUAUUAGAGGAAUAGGUCAAUCAAGCUAGAUGGACAAAGAAGGAAGAGUGUUUUUGUUUAAAAAGAAUGAAAAGUUGGUUAAAUUCUUGGAUUGCUUCUUGAAGAGAAUGCUUAAGGUCUAUGAUGAAAUAGUAUUAACUGCAUAAGCCUAUGGGGAUACAAACAGUAUGGCUAUUAAAUAGGAGCAAUUCUUAAGAACCAACAAUUAUUCACAAAGAUCUAAGAUAGCUCAUGAUCAUCCGUGCAAUGUACCUGAAAAACAAGAGAAAUCAGAAAAGGGAGAAGCUUAAUAUGCUGGUUCUGAUUUCAUUUGUAAGAAUUGGGGUUGUGGAUAACCAUAUAAAUUUGAUGCAACUCCGAAUGGUAUUAAAACAUGUAAACAUCAUCCUGGAAGAUAUGAAUUUGGAUCUAAACAUGGAUUAUGGCCAGAAUGUUGGACAUGUUGUGGUAAAAAGUGGGAAGCUGAAGGCUGUAAAUUGGAGUAUCACAAGGGAGUUCCUGAAAAAGACUUUUAUAAUAUUUGUAUCAAUGUAGGUCCCCUGGAUCCAAGAACUGGUUUUCCUGAAGGCACUUGUGGUAUGAAAUUCUAAGAUGGGGAUUCUUCAGAAUGUAAAUAUAACUCAGGAACUCAUCAAGCUGCUAAAUGGCCUGAUCCUGCAGCCAAAGUCUAUUUUGUACAAAAAUUACACAUUAAUCCUGCUUAGAAAGAAAAGGAGACUCAGCCAAAUAAAAACAUUCAGGUUAGACCUGAUGUAUUCAGAGAGACUAAACCUUAUUAUGAAUUUAUUAACAAGGAUAGAUAGAGAUAAAUGAAAUUGAUUGAGACAGAGAAGGAAUUGAGAAUAUGUACGAAUUGGGCAUGUGGAAAACAAUACAGAGAGAUUGAAAAUAGAAAAAAGAAUAUGUGUAGAUCUCAUCCAGGAGUGUUUGAUUUUGGACAUACUGCUACUAAAAUUUAAGAAGCUAUUGAAGAGUAUAAAUAAGAAAAGGGGUCCAAGAUUUUAUGGAAGCCUCAUUGGACUUGUUGCCGUAAAUCUUGGAAUGAACCAGGAUGUCUUUUAUCAAAACACUCAGGACCUUUAGUUAUUGAAUAUAAACCUAAUAAAUACUUGUGGCCAGAUCCAAAAGCAUAAAUAUAUUUCAAAAAGAAGGUAUCAGAAAAUUGGACAAAAAUGCUUGAGUAAAGUCACAGUCUUACACCAGAAACAGCAAGUUUGAAAUACGAUCUUUUAUGCAAGACUUUGGGGUCUGGAGGACAAAUUUCUGUUUAUAAAUUGCCUGAGUUAUGUGAUAAAUUUGAACUCAACUUGUGGGUUUGUAGUGAAGACUUGGCAUUUUAAUUUAAAUUUACAGACAUUAUGGAGGGUAGGGCCUAAGAAUACUUGGCUGAUACAAGUGGGAAUAUUGAUAAACAUAAAUUCUUGGAUUGGUGGUUUGCAGAUGUCAAUAGAAUGUUAGAAAUUUCAUCAAAAUGAUAUAUUAUACAUAUAAAUAAGAAAUAUAUAU